AUGCAUGUCAUGGAGCGAUUGCGCGUCCCAUGGUGUGCAUUCAAGGUGGGACCCUUCAAUUGGUACUGUAUGAUAGACCGCCCGGACCCCAAAGCGCAAGGUGGGCACCCGGAGGAGACUUUGCCUGAUGAACACCAGGCCUCCACGUGGUGGGAUUGGCUCACCUGGCUGGCCGGUUUUCUGGGUGUGGUGCUCCUCCUGGGAUUGCUCAGCCUCUGGGUCCAGCGUGAGGUCCUUCAAGUGACACACAUCGAGCAGGUGCUGGGCGGCCUUGCCUCCAUUGUGGCGUUGGGCCGGUCGGUGGCCCACCUCUUCAGGCACCGCCGCAGCAGUGCCGGGCUGCGCCGUUUCACGCCUCGCAUCCUAUGGGUGAUUCCCAUCUACACCAUCGACUCAUGGACGUGCUUACUGGCAGAGGGCUACCCGGGCUUCUGGGUGAUGCUGGUGCAUUGCCUCCGCGAGGUGUCCGAGGCCGUCGCGGUGACGACCUUCAUGCAAUUGGUGUUGUCCUUCCUGGGCGGGCCGAUGAAACUGGCCAACACCUUCCUGGAGGAGAAGCAGCCGCCGGUGGAGCAGCUCUGCUUCUUUAAGUGGUUCCUGCCGCCGUACCGGCCGGGCCCGAACUUCGUGUCCAAGGUGGUGGUUGGCAUUCUGCAGUACGCAGUGGUCACGCCGCUGCUGUUCCUGAUGACCGCCUUGUUGCGGGGCUCCUUGCAGGACCCGGAUCUGGCGCGGUUCCACCGGGGCCUGCUGCGGCUGAAGGCAGUGCCGCCCAUGAUCAAAGGCGUGUCCUGCCUCUGCGCCAUGUACCACUUGGUGCUUCUGCGGCGCGAGACGCGGCAGUACUUGGACAAGCUGAAGCCCGCCCUGAAGUUUGUGGCCAUCAACUGCAUCGUGUUCCUCACCUUCUGGCAGGGCUUCGUGGUGGACGCGGUGGGCAGCUUUGUGUGCUACCCCACGGGACAGGCGAAGCAUGACGAAACGGCGCAGUUGAGCCGCCAGCAGUUCCUCGCCAGCAUGAAGAGCUUGCUGCUGUGCGUGGAGAUGCCCAUUUUCGCGGAGCUCCAUGGCUGCGCCUAUCCUUCUGAGCACGAGCUCCAGGAGUCGUCGGAGGGCCAGAUGAAGGCACGAAGGAGCCGCAGCGGGCAUUGGGAGGUGCCGAACGAGGAGAACUCCGACACACCGAUCCUGCUCCGUGCCAAGGACGGGGAUGCGCCUGCAGUGUCGCGCCUUCUCUCGCGGGAGGACUCGCAAGGCUCCCUGGAGGGCGUCCAGCCCCAAGACCUGGUGGAUUUGUGGGCGGAGGUGCGGGCGCUGGCCGAUCGGGCUCACCGGGAGCGAGGCUCCACCGAGGCAUGA